AUGACCGGUCGUGGAGGUGGUGGUCGCAAGACCUUGCUUGCGCCAAUUCACUUUAUUUUCAACCUUCUGCAGAAACGAUUAACGGUGUCUGUGUGGCUCUACGAGAAUCUCAAUACCCGAAUUGAGGGCAAGAUCAGGGGCUUUGACGAAUUUAUGAAUCUUGUUAUUGACGACGCUAUUGAGGUCCAACUACCUUCCAAAGACCGAUCGGAAAGCAGGCGACAAUUGGGCCAGAUCCUGCUCAAGGGUGAUAAUGUAUCUUUGAUUCAGGCGCUAGACUAA